ACUCAAUGUGAAAAACAUUUAGUGUUUGGUUUUUAAUUUAAUUUCGACAAAAAAAAUUUUCUUGAAUGAAACGACCAACACUUGUUGCAUCAAUCAAUCAAUCAAAUAAAGAACGAGACUGUCUGUGCGUGUGUAAAGCGGAAAAGCUGCAAUUUUUCCUGACUGCCAACUUUUUCAAUCUCCAGUAUUCUUUUCAUUGAUUUUAGUUUGAUUUAGCAGCAAAAAAACGCCUACUAUUAUUACAUCACCUGAUUUAUUUUGACUUACUUUAAAAAAUUAAAUUUUAGCAAAAACUAAAACAAAAUGGAAAUGGCUAUUGAAAAAUUACAAAUGACACUGCCCAAUAAUGAUGAUAAUGAUUAUGAUGAAAUAGAACAUGAUCAUUUGCUCGAUUUUCAUCAUCGCCAUCAUCAAACAUUAUCGUCAUCAACCACAAGAAUAAUGACACCAACAUCAACUAAACGUAAAACGGAAAAUGUAUUAAAAUUUUCAACAGUUUCAUUAUUAAUCAUAUUCUAUACAUAUCGAUGGUCAUCACAAAACCAACAACAACGUUCAUCAUCAAUCGAUUCUUUUGUUAGACAACCAUCAUCUGAUCCUAACAUUGUCGAAUUGAAUAAUUAUCGUUUAUGUUGUGCAUUAUUAAUCACAACGGUAAUAAUAUUAUUAAUUUUUGAAAAAUUAUUCGGUAUUCAUAUUGGUGUUAUCAGAACGGAUUCGAAUCGUCGAUUAUUGUCAACAAAUUCAAGUGGAUUGUGUUCGAAUCGAAAUGUCGAUAGUGAUGGUGGUAAUAAUCGAUAUCCAAUUCGAAUGUCACUCAUAUGGUUCGUAUUACCAUGGCGUUCAUUAUCACGAUUAUGGGGGUGGUUGAAUCAGAUUCCAUUACCCGAGUUUAUGCGCCGACCAAUUUUUUUACUUUACGCGCGAAUUUUUGGCUGUAAUCUUUUGGAAAUCGAGAAUAAAAAUCUUACAGAAUUUGAAAAUUUAAGUCAAUUUUUUCGUCGUUCAUUACUUCCUGAAAUGCGUCCAAUUUCGUAUCAAGCUGAUUUGGUCAGCCCAGCUGAUGGCACUGUUGUACAAUUCGCAAUGGUACCGACCAAUGGUGGUUAUAUUGGCAAUGUUAAAGGAAUUCGUUAUUCAAUUGAAUCAUUUCUUGGUCCAAAUUCGAAUUAUUAUCCCGAUUUCAAUCGGGAUUGGUCAUUGCGUCAAUCCGCAACAAGUAGCGGCAAACGUUUAUUUGCUUUAGCAAUAUAUUUGGCGCCAGGGGAUUAUCAUCGUUUUCAUUCACCCGCAGAUUGGAUUAUCGAACGACGACGACAUUUUUCGGGUAAUCUUCUUAGUGUUCGACCAUCAUUUGUUGCCCAAAUUUCCAAUUUAUUUUCAAUUAAUGAACGUGCCGUUUAUUUUGGCCGUUGGAAGCAUGGAAUGUUCACAAUGGCUGCCGUCGGUGCUACAAAUGUUGGUUCGAUAAAUGUUAUUCCAGAUCCGGAAUUACGAACAAAUCGUUUUCGAAUGGAAACAACAACAACCAUUGAUUGUAAUGAAAAAUUAUUUCAAAAAUCAAUUCGACAACAAAAAGGACAACUUUUUGGUGAAUUCAAUCUUGGUUCAACAAUAGUGUUGAUAUUUGAAGCACCGGAAUCUUAUUUUGAUAAACAUUCAUUGGAUUUUCAUUCAUUGAUUCAACGAAAAAUUCAUUAUGGUCAAUCAAUUUAGGCAGUUUUUUUAGAUUUUAAAAUAGAAAU